GCGGGCUCCUUCCUCAAUCCCGCUGUACAUUCCGCUGGGAAGCAGCGGGAGUCGCAGCCGGUGCGACUCCUUUGCAGCAGCCACCGCUGCUCAGAGCUGAGCGGAGCUCGAUCGAGCUCAGAGCUGCGGCAUGGUUCAUUACCUCAGUGGUUGGUUCUGUUGAUGUGUCUGUGAGAAGUCAAGUGCUUGACCUAUCACUGUUUCAUCAUUAUCAAGGAAGCCUCAGUGAGCUUUGAGGAUGUGGCUGUGCGCUUCACCCAGGACGAGUGGGCCUUGCUGGAUUCUUCCCAGAAGAGUCUGUACAGAGAUGUGAUGCUGGAGACCUGCAGGAGCCUCGCUGCGAUAGGACACAAAUUGGAAGACCAGAACUUUGAAGAUCAUUAUAUAAAUCCUGGGAGAAAUCUGAGAAGUCACAUGUUUCAGACCUUCUGUGACAAUGAAGGUGGUGAUCAAGAUGGAGAAAACUUAACUUGUAAACCAAAUCUCAGUAUGAACAUGAGACGUUCCCCUGGGCUAACCCUAUGGGAUCACAGUGUGUGGGGAAAGGCUUCCCUGAGUCAUUCAUCCUCUAGGCAUAUCAUACCUCACUCUCAGUGUAAUGCACAUGAGCAGGAGAAAUAUGUGACCAAGCAGUAUAACUCUGAUUCCCUGAGAACCUUCCAGCAGUACAUGAGAACUCAUGUUGUGAACGGGCCGUGUGAAUGUGAGGUAUGCUUAAAGUACUUUGGCUUUCCAGGUACAUUAGAAAUACAUCAGGAAACUCAUAGUGGAAACAAUCCCUAUCAAAACAGAGAAUGUGGAAAGACCUCUGUGGAUAUUAGUUCACUAUGUGCACAUGGAGAAACUCAUGCUGUAGGAAAACGUUAUGAGUGUAACCAAUGUGGGAAAGCUCUGAGCUCCUACAGUUCACUUCGAAGACAUGAAAGAAUCCAUACUGAGAAAAAACCAUACAAGUGCAAACAGUGCGGGAAAGCCUUUCGAUACCAUAGUUAUCUUCACUUACAUGAAAGAAUCCACACUGGCGAGAAACCCUAUGAAUGUAAACGAUGUGGGAAAGCCUUUAUAUUUCCUGGUGCCUUGCAGGUACAUGAAAAGAUUCAUACGGGAGAAAAACGUCAUGAAUGUAAACACUGUGGUAAAGCCUUUAGACGGCACAGUGAUCUUCAAGUACAUGAAAAAAUUCAUACAGGGGAAAAGCCCUAUGUGUGUAAACAGUGUGGUAGAGCUUUUAGACUUAACAGCCAUCGUCAGAGACAUGAACAAACCCACACUGAAGACAGACCCUUUAUAUGUAAACAGUGUGGCAGAUCUUUUGAAUGUUACAGUAAUCUUGAGUUACAUGAAAAAAUUCAUACUGGAGAUAGACCUUUUGUUUGUACAGAAUGUGGCAAAGCUUUUGGAUGUUACAGUAACCUACAAUUACAUGAAAAAAUUCAUACUGGAGACAGACCCUUUGUAUGUAAAGAAUGUGGUAAAGCCUUCAUAUGUCACGGUCAUCUUCAGAGGCAUGAAACAACUCACACUGGAGAGAAACCCUAUGGAUGUAAACAGUGUGGGAAAGCCUUCAGUCGUAACAGUCAUCUUCAGAGACAUGGAAGAACUCACAUGCAAAUGUCUACAUGCCCCAGAAAAUGAUUCCACCAAAGCCCAGCCAGGCAAACCAAUGGUUGUGUUGGGAUUAUUUCUAGGACUAUGGACAAUUUACAGGCAGAUGCAUCUCUCCGGAGAUCUCUGCAAAGCUUGCAGGUAGCUCAUCUGACAGGAAAGUCUCUCAGCAAUUGUUUACUGCUUUUGUAACCUUGGAGAAAGGCCUUGUAAAUCUUUUAAGGCUUAGUUUUUCUGCAGUUUAUUGGUUGUUUACAUCCCAAGUCUCCAGCCUCCCCAUCUCAAUUUAAAGGAAAUUGUUAGCAGUCCAUCUUGCUGUUACAUUUUGUAAUGUUUUUGAACCCUAGUGGGAUGGUAUAAUCAGCCAGCUAUGGCUAAGCAUUGAGAUCCUCUACCACAAGCCUUACUUAGCAGCUUCACCAGUGGCUCUGUGCUCUUAGGCACCAAGGUCUUACCAUCUAGUUUCGGCAUGAAACCAGAAGCAGUGACAGUAACCUUUAUGUAGUCUGUGGUACCUCAGGGGCCUCCUUGGCCAACAAAUUAAAGCAGAUAUCCUCUCCCUGGCACUGGGAUUUAUUCAGCAACCUCUAGGAGUGCCCUCCCCAUACAGAAUGCCUUCAUUACAUAAACAGUUUAUCUAUCUAGCCACAGAUUUAUAAGUCAGGUGGCUGUGUGAUUGCACCUGGCUGUGGUGGGACUGGGUCUGGGCAUCGGUGUUCAUGGCUGUUCUUGUCUCCACACUUGUGUUGGCACCAACACAUCAGGCUGAGUUGGGUGGGACCUUUAUGCAUGGAAAUGCUUGUAAGAGGCCUGUGGCAGUGUCCACACAGGUGAGAGCUUAUUUACAUUCCUCAGUGAUCCAUAUACACACCAUUUAGUGUCCCAGUCCUUCAUGGAGCAAGAUGACUUCCCAUCAUAACAUCAGUUAAGGCCACGAUCAAGAACAGGCCUAAUAUGGUGACCCUUUUGCUUUUUGGCUAGGCUAUAAAGCUACCGUAGGAGAAAACUCUACUGCUUAGAAGUGCUGUCUUCUUACCGCUGAGUGUGCCUAUUGCUGGGAGUGUGCUUGCUGCUGCCAUAGUCCUCCAGAUACAUCCUCUGGCCUCCCAACGUGCACACAAUAGCAGUAACUCUUAAGAAUUUUCCAGGUCUUUACUGCCAGAUUGAGAGGGCUCAGGCAUCCACUUUCAUAGACUGAACAGCUGCUGGUCAGUCCAUCAUACACACAGCCACCAUUGGACUAACCAGCCCCACUCUGUAAGCUCUCCUACUGAAUCCCCUUUCAUUACACACAUGCAGACUAUUCACCUCUCUAUGCAGUCCUUUGUAAAUGAGCUUUGGUACAGAAAGGGCUGUAAAGAAACAGAGUUGGUGGUUAGUGAUGUAGUUCUUUUGGCACAAUUCUUCUGAGCAUGUGCAAACAUCUGGAUGGGGUCCUAUGGACCAAACAUACCAGGUAGAAAUAAAUGCCCUUAAGGAAAAGAAAUUUUUAAGUGCUUGUUACAAAAAGACUUAAACCGCAAACUGGUUUAGUUUUAUUGGAAAACAAAAGUCUCCAGAACUGUUCAUCUAUUUUUCUUGCAUUUUAUGUAUGGCUUGCAGUCAUUGCUGUUGCAUCAGGAUCCUAUUAAAGUUAACAUGUUUGCUAUUUAUUUAUUUAUUUAGAGGCAGAGUCCCACUUGUUAGCCCGAGCUGGCCUCACAUUCACAGAUUUGCUUGCCUCUACUUCCCAAGUGCUAAUCCUAAAGGCUUGUGCCACCCUACCUGGCUGUUUUCUAACGUUAAAAAAAAGAGAAAAUAGAAAAAUUCAAAUAAGAAUAUAAAAGAGCCAGUAAUAGAUAAAUAUCUUUGGUAGGAUAUUAAAGAGAAAAAUGCUUUUUAGAUUUAAAAAAAAUGGAAUGUCGGGCCUACAUGGUGGAAUUUUGUUACAGUUAUUAUCCUGGAUAGCAUUCACUUCCUGCACAGGCUACAAGCUAACUCUUGCUACAACUCAAGAGUUAACUAAGAAUAGAAUCUCAGCUGAGGAAUUCCCUAAAUCAGAUUGACCUGUGGGCAUGUCAGUGGGAGAUUAUCUUGAUUGUUGAUGUAGGAAGGUCCAGUCCACAGUGAGCAGAACUGUUCCCUAGGCAAGUAUUCCUGAUGCUAGUUCAGCACUGGCCUGCCUUCUUACCAGCAAGCAGCACCCUCCGGAGUUCUUGCUGCACUUUAUUGGCUGUGGAGUGAGUUCUUGAGCCAGAGGUAAUAAUAUGUGGUAUAGCAAAACUUAAAGGCUUGCCUUCAAUUCCUGCCUUGUAUUCCAUCAGUGAUGGACGGUUACAUGAAGCUAUAAGCCAAAUAAACUCUUCUCCCCUGGA